AUGUCUUCGAUAAACACCGACACGAACCUCAUCACUAAUGCCCUGAGUAGACUCAAGCGUCUCGACAUCGACCAGUACAUCAUCGCAUUGGGUCCCGAAAACCGACAGUUCGUUGCCACCUGCGAUGGAUACUCUGCAAGCUACUUACCCACCCAGCCACUCGCUGAGCUUGCGGCAGGCGAUAUCGAGAAGGUUACAUGGGUAGCUUUUGGCAGUACUAUUGACUCUUGGUUCUUCGCGUACGCCUUCAAGGAUGGUGCCACGACGUUCCGUCUCGGCAAAGGUGUGCCUGGCCCUCUCCGCGAGUACGUUGGUAGGUUCGGCAAACCGACGGAUCUCGAAGGCACACUACGUGUGCAGCUCGGUCACGCCAACUCGUUUGUGGCUUGGAGCAAGACUGCGUGGGCCUGCUCUGGUAACGUUCCAGACGAGCUGCACAAACAUAUGUGCUCCCUGAGCUCCAGCACACGUGUCGGCCAAAACAUCACCAUGGGCUCCCUUAAGAAGGGCUCUCUCAUCAACGUUCAGUGGAACAGGGACGGCUCAUACUACCUUGAGACUACCCACGCUAACGACAGGCAAUUCCGAUCAGCCAUGUUGGUAGAAGCCUGGUGGAGCUUGUGGCCAGGACUGGAGAAAUGCAUCUUUGGGCAAGAACAUGUCGCAGAGAUAGCGCAUCUGGCUAUCAGUGCCCACGCACCAUCGAGCGAGCAGUUUGCGAUAGUCAAGAAGCAGAUCCCCGAGGAAGACGUAUCAUUCGUCCUGCAUUUGGGUGAGGAACCUGUCCACGCUAGGCUUCCGAGUGUCAGCUACAGCCUUCGUCCUAUCGUACAGAAGACGGAGCCUAAAUACUUCCGUUGGGCCGUCUGUACCAAGUCAGGUCGUCCUCAUGGAGUCACCAGAGAUACCUGGGAGCUAUCGGUAAAGAAGGGCCAAUUGAUCAAGGUGCUUCAGAGAAUGCAAGCAGAUUGGUACAUCGUCAUUGAUCAAAAGGGCGUGAAGGGAUACGCGCAUGGAUCCUGGCUGGACUUCGAUCAUCCCCGCCUCCACUAUGUCGAUGCUCGAGCUGCGUGGCUCCACUUCAUGGACGACGUCGCGAGCAUGCGGCCAGGUCCGGUGACUCGGUUCUUGAGGAUGGCCGACUAUGUGGCUGUGUGCACUAGGGCUGGAUGCAAGCAGACCAAGAACGAUGAGGCUUGCCUGGGCAUUUGUGCCCACGACUUGGAGGUUCUGCUGCGCGGCUCAGGGAGCUUCAGCUAUGAUUGGUUGAAGGAGGAGCGCAAUAGGUGGCAUCCGGAUAGGUUCAGCCAGCUCUGCGAUCCAGGACGGUCCGGAGCGCUGAAGCUCAAGGCUCAGCAGCUGUUUGUGCUGUACGCCCCGGCGAGCGUGUACGCGACCAGGUACUUCUCGGCCACAGCAUUCACCAUGACGGCCACCAAGAUCGAUGGCACUGCCAUUGCGAAGAGCAUCCGCGAGCGGUUGGGUGCGAAGAUCAAGGAGAGGCAGAGCGCGAAUCCGCGGUACAAGCCGAGCUUGAAGAUUGUCCAGGUGGGCGACCGGUCAGACUCGAGCACGUAUGUGCGCAUGAAGCUCAAGGCGGCCGAGGAGGCCAGCAUUGAGUGCGAGCUCGUGCAAUUGCCCGAAGACACCAGCGAGGCCGACCUGCUGCACCUCGUCUACGAGUACAACAACAACCCCGCGGUCCACGGCAUCCUCGUGCAGCUGCCCCUCCCCAAGCACAUCUCCGAGCACACCAUCACCUCGGCCGUCGCCGACGAGAAGGACGUCGAUGGCUUUGGCGUCCAGAGCAUCGGUGAACUGGCGAAGCGGGGCGGAAAGCCGCUCUUCACGCCAUGCACGCCCAAAGGUGUCAUGGUGCUGCUGCAAGAGGCGGGCGUCGACAUCAAGGGCAAGAACGCCGUGGUGCUGGGCCGCAGCGACAUCGUGGGCAGCCCCGUCAGCUACCUGCUGAAGAACGCCGACGCCACCGUCACCGUGUGCCACUCGAGGACUGCCGACCUGCCUGAGGUCGUCAAGCGCGCCGACAUCGUCGUCGCUGCCAUUGGCAAGGCCCAGUUCGUCAAGGGCGACUGGCUCAAGCCCGGUGCUGUCGUCAUCGACGUGGGCACCAACUUCGUCCCCGAUGACACGAAGAAGAGCGGACAGAGGCUGGUCGGAGACGUCGACUUUGAGUCCGCCGCCGAGGUCGCGUCACAGAUCACACCAGUGCCAGGCGGUGUCGGGCCCAUGACGAUUGCCAUGCUGCUGCAGAACCUCGUCGACUCAGCCGAUGCCACCUUUGACCGCGAGAAGAAGCGGAAGAUCACCCCUCUGUCGCUCAAGCUCGAGGACCCCAUUCCUGCCGAUCAUGUCAUCUCGAGAAAACAACACCCCAAGCAAAUCACCACCGUCGCCAAGGAGGUGGGUAUUCUGCCCCACGAGCUGGAGCCAUAUGGCUCGACAAAGGCCAAGGUCGACCUCUCUUUGUUGAAGCGACUCGAGCACCGCCGCAACGGACGAUACAUCCUCAUCGCUGGUAUUACCCCCACGCCUCUUGGAGAGGGCAAGUCGACCACUACCAUUGGUGUAGCGCAGGCAUUGGGUGCCCAGCUCGGCAGGAUAUGCUUCGCCAACGUGCGACAGCCUAGCAUGGGACCGACCUUUGGUAUCAAGGGCGGUGCCGCUGGUGGAGGAUACAGUCAGGUCAUCCCCAUGGACCAGUUCAAUCUGCACUUGACUGGUGAUAUCCACGCCAUCACUGCGGCAAACAACCUGCUCGCUGCGGCCAUCGACACGCGCAUGUUCCAUGAGAGCACGCAGAAAGAUGCCGCCCUCUACAAGCGCCUUGUCCCCACCAAGAAGGGCAAGCGCGAAUUCGUACCUGUCAUGUUCCGCCGCUUGAAGAAGCUCGGCAUCGACAAGACCAACCCAGAUGAGCUUACCGAGGAGGAGAUCAGGAAAUUUGCUAGGCUCGACAUCGACCCUGAGACCAUCACCUGGCGACGAGUCCUCGAUGUCAAUGACCGACAUCUGCGAGGCAUCACCAUUGGCCAGGCACCUACUGAGAAGGGACACACUCGUGAGACCGGAUUCGACAUCUCGGUCGCUAGCGAGUGCAUGGCCAUCCUUGCAUUGAGCAAUGACCUCCACGACCUCCGCGAGCGCCUGGGCCGCAUGGUUGUUGCCAGCUCCCGUGCUGGUGACCCUGUUACUUGUGACGACAUUGGUGCUGGUGGUGCACUGACCGCUCUGCUCACUGAUGCCAUCAAGCCCAACAUGAUGCAGACACUUGAAGGCACACCCGUCUUCGUCCACGCCGGUCCUUUUGCUAACAUCAGUAUCGGCGCUUCAUCCGUCCUGGCAGACAAGCUUGCUCUCAAGCUCGCCGGUACUGAGCCGGAUGAGAACCACGACGAGCAGACUGGUUUCGUCGUUACCGAGGCCGGUUUCGACUUUACCAUGGGUGGCGAGCGCUUCUUCAACAUCAAGUGCCGCUCUUCUGGUCUUGUCCCUGACACUGUGGUCAUUGUGGCUACCGUUCGUGCACUCAAGGUGCACGGCGGCGGUCCCGACAUCAGCCCUGGUGCUCAACUCGCGGAGGUUUACCGCACUGAGAACGUGGAGAUUCUCCGCAAGGGUUGUGUCAACCUCAAGAAGCACAUUGAGAACGCCAAGCAGUACGGUGUGCCUGUUGUUGUCGCCAUUAACCGCUUCGCAACAGACACGCAAGCUGAGAUCGAUGUCAUCCGCGAGGAGGCCAUCGCCGCUGGUGCCGAAGACGCGAUUCCCGCCAACCACUUCGCCGAGGGUGGAAAGGGCGCUAUCGACCUCGCGAACGGCAUCAUCUCCGCGUCUGCGAAGCCCAAGGACUUCAAGCUGCUCUACGACGUCAACUCUGGCACUGUGCAGGAGCGCAUGGAGACCAUCGCCAAGAAGAUGUACGGUGCCGACAAGGUCGAGUUCUCCGAGCUCGCACAGAAGAAGGUCGACACCUACGUCAAGCAGGGACUCGGCAACCUGCCCAUCUGCGUUGCGAAGACGCAAUACUCGCUCUCGCACGACCCAGCGCUCAAGGGCGCACCAACCGGCUUCACUGUCCCCAUCAGAGACGUGCGCAUGGCAGCUGGUGCAGGAUACCUGUACGCGCUUGCCGCGGAUAUCCAGACCAUCCCCGGUCUGCCCACCGCACCGGGAUACCUCAACAUCGAUGUCGACGUCGAAACUGGCGAGAUCGACGGCAUGUUUUAG